GUCAUCAAUCGAUAUUGGUCAGGGUCGCUGCGCAGACGUGUUUGGCAGCGUUUGGGGGCUUUCCGCUCGCUUUGGGCGGGGGGAGUUGGAAAGGCGGCCCGGGAUUUCAUGAUGAGACUGCAAAACUUAUUUUUGCCUGUUCUCAAGCGAGGGCAAUACAUGUGUUGAAGAUUGUGAAGAAAUUUGUCGGCGGGAGAGGAUAAACCUCGCGGAAGGAGCGAAGAGCGGCCCGCCAACACACCCACCCGCCUUCUCGUCGCCGCCGCCGUCGGCGGAAAUAACGGCGGCUGGGGCUGGUGACGUUAGGAGGAGCGAGCGCGCGCACCGGCGGAGAAGCGGAGCGCGAGCGUGUGCGCAUGCGUGACCAGAAGGUGCCAGAAGCCGACGAGGACUACGACGGAGGAAAAAUAACACAGGGAGGUCCGGAAGGGCGCGACAUGGCGGCCGUCAAGCGAGCUCGGUGGGAGGAGGAGGAGCUGAUGGGCUGCUACUGCAUGAUAUCCCUACACCAGAUGUUCGAGUCGGUGGGCUCACAGCUGACCGAGGCCGACGUGGAGGCUCUGUCCUUCCUGCUCGACGAGGCCUACCCGCUGAGCCCGGCGGCUGAGGGCCCGCCGAGCCCUGAGGAGACCGAGGGCGUCGACUGGAGGCUGGACAGCGUUGACGCCCUGGAGCGGCCGCUGGAUACCGGCCGCAUCCACCGGCCCAAGAGCGGCGUGCGGCUGCUGUUCGAGCUGGAGCGGCGGGGCCUGUGCGACGAGACUAGUUUCGGGAACCUGCUGCAGCUGCUCCGGGUCAUCAACCGGCACGACCUGCUGCCCUACGUCAGUCAGAAGCGGAGGAGAACAGUGUCUCCUGAGAGAUGCACGUACGGAAGACCUGCAUCAGGAAUUAGAGACCAGAUGGAAAGCUGUUUAAGUUCCGAGCAUGCUAAUUCGACACAGAGGAAUUGGGAAUCAGGAACAUCUCCAAAUAAGCAACGGUGUGUAGGUCGCAGGAGAAGUCAAGCUGCCGGUAAGCGAAGGGGGCGCAAGAGCAAUGUGCCCUGUAACCGGGAAGCAACUGACCAACAGUCUCCCCAGUUACAGAAAGCAACGUGUGACGUAAGGCUGCGGGUGCGGGCUGUAUUUUCUGAUCAGCAUUCCGUGCUGCGAGGGAAUGUAGUCUCUGUGAAACAGGACCCCCUGGAUCGCUGUUUUGACCUCUUUGGGCAGGCAAACACCAUCCUGAAAUCCCGAGACUUGGGAUCUAUUAUCUGUGACAUUAAAUUUUCUGAGCUGUCCUAUCUGGAUGCCUUCUGGAAUGACUACAUCAAUGGUUCGCUGCUGGAGGCACUGAAAGGUGUAUUUAUUACUGACUCGCUGAAGCAAGCUGUGGGUCAAGAAGUGAUCCGACUGCUCGUCAAUGUGGAUGAGGAUGAUUAUGAAGAAGGCAGGCGUAUUCUGCUUCAGAAUAUUUCUCCAUGAAAGGUGUGCAUUGGGAACCAAGAUCACUGACUAAAUUAAAUUUUAAACUAAACUUUAUAUGAAGUAAAAUAAAGAGAAGCAAUUAGCCCUUCAUUACAACCUCUGUUUUAUUCAGUACUGGGUAAGGUGAUGUCUACUGAUGGUGCUGCCAUGUAAGUACGUUAUAAGCAUUCAGUCAGCAUUACCAGUCCUGUGGUGUGAAAUAGGGUAAGAGGGAGGUUUGAUUUGUUUUUCCUAAUGAAGCUUUUUUAGGGGGUUAUAUUGAAAUAGGCUCUAGAAAUAGAAGCCGAGAACAUAUUGGCAAAUGCCAUGGCUUUAAGAACCAUUUAUGUUAUAAACCAGUGUCAAUUUGUACCUUAAAGCAAUUCCAAGUGGUUUUGCUCACCUAUAGUCUGGGUGUGCAGACUGUAUGCUUUUGGUAGUGGAUCUAGACCUGUUGUUGGAAUGGUAGAGGAAGUGGGACUGGGUGGAGGGAAUGAAGACACUUUGAAUUGCUGAUGCUGAAUACAAAAAGCCAGUAUCUGUGAUUGUGUUUAGCAAUCUGCCUAAAUUUGUGUUGGUAUGUGUUCAGUGUGGUUGAAGUUGAUAAGUCUCCUUAAGGCUCAUCAGCUUAAGUUUGAUAUGAACCUAAUUUCUACUCCUGAUUUUCAUCCUGCUUGAUGUUUAGAUUCCAUCUCUUGCAGGGUAGAAUCAUUAUUUGUAACUUCUGCUUCCUGACCUUCCACAUGCUGAUUUCUUCACUGACAUGGCUUCAGGCUGCUGGCACUUUCGUUCACAUAAGGGUGGCAGCAUCCAGCAGAAAUCACUGGACAAGGGUUGUAGGUGGAAAAGUGCUGAAAUCAGUGAUACUGAUCAGGCUAAUUUCCAGUAAAGUAUAGGGAGCUGAACUAUACUUGACCUUGUUUCUUCUUGUGUGAAGUAGGAGUGACAUUAUUUCAUGCACUACUUAGCCAAAACAAUAUUUACCAAAAUUUGGAGCACUGAAACUGGCAUUCUGGAAACUAUUCUCGUUGGUCAGUUUUAACACAAACCAUUUCAGUUAAGGUAAAUGUUCUUCAUUAAAUUGGGCUGGGUGCAUUUACUUAAGUUUUUUCUGGGUUCUGUAAGGUAAAGUUUUAAAGCUGUGAGUGGUUCCGUUUGGGUUUUGUGAAAGAGCUUGAGAGAGCAUGGUGACAUUCCAUCGCAGCAGCUAGGAAAAAUGAAUAUCUUUCUAUUUUGUAAAUGCUUCUCCCUCAGGUUGCCAUCUUCAGGCUUUGGUAUGCCUGUCUCCCUAGCACUCUUGCUGACAAUGGACUGUUUCCACACUUUUGUCAUUUGGCCCAUUUAGGUGUGAUUCAGUCAGUGGUUCUGUGAAGUGCACAUCAAUAGAUUCCUUUAGAAUGUUCUCUGUGCUCGGCACCAGCACAGCAGAGGCAGCAAUGUAGGCUUUGUAGAAUAUGGUUUGUUCCCUGCAAGUUUCACAUAGCUGCUGGGUCAGUUUCAGUCCUGUGCUGCUAGUUCCACAUGGGUACAAGAAACUGCCUCCAUGUGACUGGAUGAGAGAGCUGCAUUGGUGUGGGAGAGAUCCUGUGACUUUCACAAAUGGUGCUGGAGUCCUCAACUUAACCUUGCAACCGAAGAAAUAUUUGUGCAAAGACAUUAAUGAAACAUUUCUUGAACUUUUGCUGAUAGUUUUAUAAGAUUAUUACUCAAUUUUCCCCAGGAAAUUUAGAAGAUCUGGGGUACUGGCAAAUCCCAGGCUUUUGGCUACUGCCCCAGAUACUGCUGGCUCUGAGGAAGAUGGCAACAAGCCAGUUCUGAAAGCUAAGGUCUAUGAUAAACUCAUCUGAAGUGCUGUGUCAUAAAUCAACUGAUGAGGAGCUGACAAGAUGCUUGAGUAUUCUCCAUUCCUCUUACAAGAGCUGACAAAAUCCUGCUCCAAGCCUCAGACUUCUGUACGGCUGGUAUGUCCUGCUGUUCAAAAUUGCCAUUGUGGCUAUAUUGUCCCAGGUAGGGAGGUUUCCAUCAUGGAGCCCACUUGCCUUCAACCAGCUUGUAAAUAGCCAUGUAUGUUUCUUUUUAUUCCUUUUUGGAUGAUUAAAAUAUUACUUUUGUGUAUAGCUAAUAUUCUGUAUAUUUGUUUAAAAUAUGUGGGUGAAAUAUAGAACCUUUUUGCUAAUUUGGGCAACAAUUUUCUAGGUUUGAGUAUUUGACAAAGGCUGUGCUUAAAUACAGGGGUGUUUGAGGGAACUCUUUGUAAAGCAUGAAUUCAAUAAAAGUUGUC